AUGGCUGGAAAAGUUCAUACACCGCUAGUUCCUGUGCAGAGGGUCUCCUACCCUGGGAAAAAUUUCCUGAAGGACGCGGUCUCGGUAGCGGAUUCGGAGGUUUAUGAGAUCAUGAAGAAGGAGAAAAUGCGUCAACGACGUGGUCUCGAGCUGAUUGCUUCUGAGAACUUCACCACCAAGGCUGUGAUGGAUGCUCUUGGCUCCUGUAUGACCAACAAGUACUCCGAAGGCUACCCAGGUGCCAGGUACUACGGUGGCAACGAAUACAUUGACCAGAUGGAGCUGUUAUGUCAGAAGAGAGCUCUCGAAGUGUAUGGUUUGGAUCCUGAGCUAUGGGGUGUGAACGUGCAAUCGCUUUCUGGAUCUCCAGCCAAUUUCGCCGUCUACACAGCUAUUGUCGAACCCAAUGGCCGCAUCAUGGGCCUUGACCUGCCGGAUGGUGGUCAUCUCUCCCAUGGAUUCUUCACUCCCACUAGGAAGGUGUCAGCAACUUCGAUCUUUUUCCAGUCCAUGCCCUAUAAGCUGGAUCCUAAGACUGGUCUGAUUGAUUAUGAUCGCAUGGAGGAGAACGCUAUGCUCUUCAGACCUAAGAUUCUGGUCGCAGGGGUGUCCUGCUAUGCUCGUCACCUGGACUAUGCACGAUUCCGAAAAAUCGCUGACAAGUGUGGAGCAUACUUGAUGGCAGACAUGGCCCACAUUUCCGGAUUGGUCGCUGCUGGCGUGGUUCCGUCGCCAUUCGAAUACGCCGACAUCGUCACCACCACUACCCACAAGUCGCUUCGUGGACCUCGUGGAGCGCUGAUCUUCUUCCGUAAAGGGGUUCGCUCAACGAAUGCGAAAGGGGAGAAGACUAUGUAUGAUCUUGGCGAAAAGAUUGCUGCCGCCGUCUUCCCAGGUCUUCAGGGUGGACCUCAUAAUCAUACCAUCACAGCAAUUGCUGUUGCGCUCAAGCAGUGUCUGAGCAAGGAGUUUGUGGACUACGCAAAACAGAUAUUGGCAAAUUCUCAUGCUCUGGCCGAUAAACUCGUCUCGUUAGGUUACUCGUUGGCUACAGGUAACUCGCUUUCUUCCACAAUUGGAAUCGAAGGUGCUAAGGCCGAGAAGGUGCUGGAUCUGGCUCACAUCACUUGUAACAAGAACACAUGCCCCGGUGACGUUUCUGCUCUCCGACCGGGAGGCAUUCGUCUGGGAGCUCCCGCACUCACUACUCGUGGUUUGAAGGAGAAGGACUUUGAACAAGUCGCCCUGUUCAUUCACGAAGGUCUCGAAAUUCUACAGCGAUAUAAGGGGCAGUAUGGGAAGACAUUGAAGGAGUUCAAUACAUUUGUCGAGACUAACGAGAGCUUUUUGAAAGACGUAGGAGAACUUGCUCAGAAAGUCGAAGAGUUUUCGAUGAAAUUCGAAAUGCCUGGAAAUGAAGAGUUUUAA